AUGGUGAUGAAUAACACUGUGACUGAAUUUAUUCUCUUUGGAUUAACACAGGAUCCAAGAAAGCAGAAAGCAAUAUUUGGGAUCUUCCUGAUUCUUUAUCUCGCAACACUCAUGGGGAACAUUCUCAUUGUGGUGACUAUUAAAAACAGCAGGAGCCUUGGCAGUCCCAUGUACUUCUUCCUAUUUUAUCUGUCCUUCGCUGAUGCCUGUUUCUCUACCACCACAGCCCCCAGACUGAUUGUGGAUUCCCUCUCUCAUAAAAAGACCAUUUCCUAUAAUCAGUGCAUGACUCAGGUCUUUGCAGUCCAUUUUUUUGGGUGCAUGGAGAUUUUUGUGCUUAUCCUCAUGGCUUUCGAUCGCUAUGUGGCCAUUUGCAAACCUCUCCAGUAUAUUACCAUUAUGCGGAGGCAGGUCUGUCUCGUGUUGGUGAUUGUGGCUUGGAUAGGUUCUUGUAUCCACUCCUCAGCACAGAUUUUCCUGGCGGUGAGAUUGCCCUUCUGCGGCCCCAAUGUGAUUGAUCACUAUUUCUGUGAUUUGCAGCCCUUGUUGAAACUUGCCUGCAUGGAUACUUACGUGAUAAACUUAUUACUGGUUUCCAAUAGUGGGGCCAUCUGCACGGUGAGUUUCAUUAUUCUGCUGAUGUCCUAUAGUGUCAUAUUGUACUCUCUGAGAAACCACAGUGCAGAAGGACGGAGAAAAGCCCUUUCCACAUGUACCACCCACUUUAUUGUGGUUGUCAUAUUUUUUGGUCCAUGCAUAUUCAUAUAUACAAGACCACCCACCACAUUUCCAAUAGACAAGAUGGUGGCUGUGUUUUAUACAAUUGGAACACCCCUGCUCAACCCUCUGAUCUAUACAUUGAGGAAUGCGGAAGUAAAGAAUGCUAUUAAAAAGUUGUGGUGCAGGAAGGUAUAA